AUGCCGCGUUUUGGACUACUUCCAACAACACGCCUGCCUUCUCUCCAAAGCAAACAGGCCCUUGCGCGCGCAAUACCUCUGCCCCAUAAGCCAACCGUAAUCCCACCAUCUACCGCUCCACUACCCGACGAAGAUGAAAGCCUCCGCGACAGACUUCGUCGUCGUCGUCGAACAGAGUGGAAGCGCCGCCAACGGGGCCAGACUUUUCUUGACAAUCUCAUAGUUUCCGUCCAUGGAGGCAGCGGAGGUGAUGGCUGCGUUGCCUUCCAUCGCGAAAAAUUUGUGCCCAAUGGGCCGCCUUCUGGGGGAAACGGUGGCCGCGGAGGCGAUGUCUACAUAAUGCCCACUCCUCAUCUGACAACACUUUCUGGGAUCGCAAAGCGGAUACGAGGCCCCACUGGAGGAAACGGCCAGGGUACAUGGCAGAAUGGCAAGAAUGCGGAGCCGCUUGUCAUUCACGUCCCACUGGGCACUGUUGUACGCGAAAUACCUCGCGGAGAUUCCCGACGGUCACCCGACGAGUGGGAGGCCGAGCAAGAGUCGCUUGAAGGACUUGACUCGACUGAACGAGUGCAAAAAAUGCGUGAUAACCGCUGGGUCCAUUACCCCCGUUUCGGCGAAACAAACCUGUCUCGCGAUUCAUUUAAAGACGCCGAACAAGCACUCUAUGCACAAGAAAGGGAAAGACGCUACCUCAGACGUCAGCGUGAAAAAGACUACAAACCACUCGUUCUAUCGAUGCUCCCUUUGGGAGCCCGUCACCGUGAACCACUCGGUUUUUUAAUCGCAUCGGGUGGCACUGGUGGACUCGGGAAUCCUCAUUUCAUGUCGCAGAAUGACCGGAUACCUAGAUUUGCUACUCGGGGUCAUCCCGGAGAACGGAUAACCCUUGCGUUGGAGCUCAAAAUUCUCGCUGAUGUUGGAUUUGUGGGUAUGCCGAAUGCAGGAAAGAGCACUCUUCUUCGUGCGCUCACCGGUGGACGAGCCAAAAGCGAGGUCGCCAGCUACGCCUUCACAACACUCAAUCCCGUUGUCGGCAUCGUCCGUGUCGCAGACGAUGGAACCUUUGAGGGUAGUUUGAAGAGUGAUCAGGUAUAUGACGAGACCAUAGUGGAGGAAAUGCAAGAACAAGAGCGCAUAGAACGCGGUGAACUCGCCCACGCCCUUACUCGCAACCAGUCCGGCCAACAUGGACACCAUUUCGAUGCCGAAGAAACCUUCAGAUUUACAAUCGCAGACAACCCUGGCCUUAUCUCCGACUCGUCUGAAAAUGUUGGCCUUGGUCACUCAUUUCUCCGCUCAAUGGAGCGCUCUCUUGCUUUGGCCUACAUCGUCGAUUUGUCUGGACCGGCGCCGUGGGACGAACUGCUGGUUCUAAGAGCCGAAUUAGAGAAAUAUCAACAUGGAAUGAGCCGCAAAGCUCGCAUUGUCAUUGCGAAUAAAGCUGAUCUACUGGGUGGCGAGGGUGAUGCUGAAGCUAUCGCCCUUGCCAAAUCAAAGUUGCGUCGUCUUGAACUUUUCGUUCAAGAGCACAUGAUUCCAAUUGGCGAGGAUGGUCGUCGACUAGAAGUGGUCCCAGUAUCGGCCAAAUACAGCCAGAAUCUUACGCGGGUAGUCGGUCUAAUGCGUGGGCAUGUUCAAGAGGCUCGGGACCGACUUGGAGAGCGAACUGUCAAGGAACUUGUAGUAGAUGUUGACCAAUCACAACUUAUUACCAACUAG